UCGUAUCCCAAAGAAAAAACAAAAGUAAGCAUUAUAAGUGUCUCAUAGUCUACAGAAGUAAGUGGAAGUGUUUUGUUUUCCAUCUUCCAAAUUUCUCAUUUGCUAAGUUCAUAUCUUAUAAAAAAAUUACAAGGAAAGAUGAACAUGAAGAGCAACAUCAUGGAUUCAACCUUACUACUAUUGCUGUUGCUAUGUGUAAUUUUAUCAACCCAGAAUUUCAUAACAUGUCAAAAGAUGAACAAAUCUGAAGAAGUUGUCACCAUCCAGACCCGAUACGGGGAUACAUAUGAAUGCGUAGAUUUCUAUAAGCAGCCAGCGUUUGCUCAUCCUUUAUUGAAGAAUUAUAAGUUCAAUUUUAAGAUGAACUUUUCUUUCCAAGAUUCGGUAGGAAGAACAACCGAUUCAAGAUCAUUAAUUGGUAGCAAAUUAUCAGACAUAUGGUUAAAUGGUAAAGGAUGUCCAAUUGGGAUGGUGCCGAUCAAAAGAAUAACAGAAAAUGAUUCGCUACAACCAAAUUUGGUCACCGGUGUCAUUCUCAAUCCGGGUGUUCAUGUUGCAGUGCUCCACACCACUGGGGGACAACUAUAUUACGGAGGCGGAAUGUUCACGAGUGUAUAUAAUCCUGUCGUCAAAGACAACCAAUAUAGCUCUAGCCGCAUUAAACUCCAAAAUGGCCCCGAUAGUAUUGCAGCAGGAUGGGUAGUCAAUCCAAGCUUGUAUCAAGACAACCAAACUCGACUCUUCAUAUACACAACUACAAAAGAUUCGCGAUGCUACAACACCUUUUGUCCUGGGUUUGUUCUUAUGAGUCAUAAUAUACCAAUAGAUCUUGUUCUUAACCCUGUUUCAAAAAGAGGUGGAAACAUAUACGGAGAAAAUUUCUUUAUUCGUAAGGAUCCUGAAAAUGGAGAUUGGUAUCUCAGGGUUGGUUCCAAUAACAUUUUGGGAGUUCGGCCAAAGAAGAUUUUCACUUCAUUAGCAUCCUUUGCUAACUACGCAGAAUGGGGAGGAGAAGUUUAUAGUCCUCCAGGAACCACCCCUCCUCCAAUGGGUUCCGGCUACUUGCCUGUUGGGAGUGCAAAACAAGAUGGUUAUGCUAAAUUAAUUUCGACAGUAAAUGAAAAUAACCUAAUCAAUUACGAUCCUUCAGGGUGUGACACCUAUGCAGAUAGUGAUCGAUACAAGGUGAUUGAUGAAGGAAAUGUUGGAGCUUAUUUCCAACGUCUUGUUUUCUUCGGGGGCAAUAGCUUUUAGAUCAUAGACAUCAUAUCUUAUGCUUACUAAUACAAAAUAAUUUUGGGAAUGGAAGAGAAAUCAUAAUAAUUAAUAAGAAUUCAUUUUCAUGUUUCAAGUUUGGUUAAGAGUGUAGAAGUGUAGAUUUCAGUUGUUCAUCGCAAUCUAACAAUAAUGACAAGUAAAUAACACGCACCGCCGAGCUGCAUGUUAUCAUCCUUCUCUUGUUAGGGUCGCGUUUGGCCUUCUCUUGGUGGGAGAGUUACGACGACGACAAAGGAACACUCUCUCUCUCUCUCUCUCUUGGUUUGCUGACCCUUUCAUCUUUGGGGCAAGAGGCCUCUGCCUCUUAUUAGUUUGCUGGCGUGCGACUAUGUCGUUACUACCCUUAACGCGGUGGUGCGUCGCGAAUUCGUUUUUUGUUUUUCUUGUGGAUUCAUCAUCCGAUUUUUCUCUCUCUCUAGCAGUAGUGGUGGCGUCAUAAGUAUCACCCUUUGCUUCAACUUACCCGUUUGUGGCCAGUUUUUUUUUGUUUUGUUUUGUUUUUUUUGCCGCUUCCGUCUUUUUUAUUCAUUUACUGAUAUAUACUUUUAAUUUGUCAUUUAAGCUCCUAUUAGGGGAGGUAGGGUGGUGAUUAAUUGUCAUUAACCUUUGAUUUGAUUAUUUGUUUUUCUUCUACCGCUUCUUUGGUUACCGAGUGGGACCAGUUUUUUUGUUUUACUUGGCUUCCUUUUUACCAUGGUUAAAUGUGACUUUUACUCAGGCCUACUUGGCGCUCAUUAGGCUGUGUGCCCUAAUUUUACCAUGAUUUGGACAUUGUCGCGGGUAACUUGGCUUGCCUUUGUAGGGGCAGUUAGCUUUCUUUGUUUUGCAGGAGCCAGAGUUCUGGAAUGGACAACAUGGAUGAUGCUCAGGGUGCCUAUAUGAUAAUUGUCGAAAACAUAUUGAUAUUGUGUGUUUAAUGUGAUUACUGAAUGAUAUGUUUGAGACGUAUAAUGCUUGUUUUAGAGCCGACUGCCCCUGGAAUGGCUAUAAGACCAUUACCACCAUGUGUUAGAAUUUUGAUACGUUAUAGGUGGAAAGCAAGGAAAAAUGAAUGCAAAUGCUUAAUGAUAGAAAAGCACUCCAGGGCACGACCGAAAACCAAACCAGUUUGGUUUAUUCUUCAAAUGAUUUGGACCGGCUAGAGGAUUAAUUUGAACCAGGGAGAAUUAUUGAGUGGGCUUGAGGGAAUUAUUGGAUGAAUUUUUUAGGCCCAUUUUUUUUGGUCUUCUGCGGAGGAGAUUGGUUUUUUGGGUGGAAUAAUUGGACACGGAAAUGGCUGGGGGGAAAGGAAAUUGAAGUUGGGCCAGGAGGAUUUGGACACAGACAGGAGAGAGGAGAGAUAAUUAUUUAGGGGGAGAGGCAAUUUUGGGGACAAAAACAUCUCUGGGGAGAAUUCUGGGCGGAGGAGAAAGGAGGCAAUUAAUUGAGGGGAAUUCUUUGGACGGGAAAGAAGCAGCUUGGAGAGCGGCAUAAUUCUUGGGAGAGAAAAAGCAGGGCGCAGCGACGAGUGGUGAUCAAUCUUCCAAGGAGGUUUGAGCUGAUUUCAACAAGAGCGAUUAUUUUGGUUGGAUUUUCUAGACCGAACUUAUUGUUUAUUGUCGAUUUAGAACAUGAUGAACAAAACCCUAUUGUUUUAUCUCAGUUUCAUCAUGAACUAAACCCCGAUUUGCAGGGGGAAACACCAUAGGAUGUAGCUAUUUCUAGAAUUGAUGGAUUGAUUCUUAUUUCUUUUCUUCCAAUCUCUAUUGCAUGAAAUUGCUUAAUGCUUUGUGUUGACUAGCCACCAAUACAUUGAUUUGUAGUUAAUUAGGUUAUUAGCGACAGUGAAACCCUAAUAACUGAACCUAUUUCAU